AUGAAUAAAAUAACCAAAACAGAAGCCCCGAGUCAAGAUCCCUUUUUAGGGCUAUGGGAACACCGCCUACAAAGUCAGAUUACAAAGAUAGGGCGGUUUUAUGCGGAGGCAGGAGACGAGAAAAAGGCGAAGCGUUGUGAGGAAUGCGGGACAUUUCCAGCGUUUGAGCUUUAUGAGCACCUCAUGACAGCGGAGCAGAAGCGGAAGUUAAAACACGCCAAUUUUUGCGAAGUGAGAUGGUGCCCCACGUGUGCAUGGUUGAAGUCGCGGAAGUAUGCUGGCGAGGUGAGAAGCAUACUGAUCCAGCUUGAAGCCCUGCGCCCUGUUCGGUAUGUCUUCCUGACCUUGACCAUUGAGAACCCGCGCCUUACGGAGCUUAAGACCGCCCUUAAGACCAUGAGCAGGGCUUUCAAUCGUUUGACGGAGAUGCCGGAGUUUAAGGGCGUUGUUUUAGGCUAUAUUCGCGCCCUUGAAGCGUUAGGAGGAAACACGCCCGCAGGGGAAGCGCACCCGCAUUACCAUUGCCUCCUUGUCGUUAAGCCCGAGUAUUUUAGCAAGGGUUACAUCACCCAAGCCCGUUGGGCGGAGCUAUGGCAGAGAUGUUUACGCGUUGAUUAUGUUCCUGUUGUCGACGUGAGAAAGAUCAAACCGAAGUCGGCAGAAUGGACAGCCCGAGACAGUGCGAUAUUUGAGACCCUGAAGUAUUUAGCCAAGCCUCAAGACAUUCGGAGCUUGUGCCAGAAAGAUUUUGAGGAACUUGAUCGCCAGAUGAAGGGCAUGAAGCAAUAUACGCAGGGCGGAGUGUUGAAGGACUUUAAGCCAGAAGAAGCGGAAGGCUUUAGCCCAGAGGAAUGGAAGUUACUCGGCAUAGAGUUUUACGAAUGGGCAGGCAAAGAAUACCGGUUACUAAAAUUCAAACCCGUUUAG